UGUGCAUUGUUGUCCACACCUUAAUUCAGUGCAUUUUCUAGUAGGGAUCAUUAUGAGAUCGCAGGUUGGGAUGAUGACAGCUCGAUUGUACUGCUCGUUGAUUGCUGUUUUAUGUUGUCUUUCUGGAUACUUGAGCAUAACAGAUGUUACUGAAGGACAAACUGCAGCAAAGCCAGGAGAGUGUCCCCCUCAAACAUCUGGAAGCUUGUUUAAUGGGUCCUGUAACGGUGACUCUGACUGUCCCAACGAUGAGAAGUGCUGCGGCAAUGGAAGUGGAAAUUACUGUACAGCUCCUUAUACAGUGAAGCCGGGUCAGUGUCCCAAACCGAAGCGUGUUCCAGAAUGUGCUGACCUCUGUUUCCAUGAUGGCCAGUGUCCUGCCACACAGAAGUGUUGCCCAACCACCUGUGGCCAUGCAUGUAGUGAACAAAGGGGAAGUGGUUAUGGUCAGGGAAGUGGUCAGGGUAGCGGUCAAGGUCAGGGACAAGGUAGUGGUCAGGGUAGUGGUCAGGGACAGGGUAGCGGUCAGGGAAGUGGUCAGGGUAGUGGUCAAGGUCAGGGACAGGGAAGUGGUCAGGGUAGCGGUCAGGGACAGGGUAGCGGUCAAGGUCAGGGACAGGCACCGGUGGCAACAGCGAGAAUCAAAGCAAAGCCAGGAGAGUGUCCCCCUCAAACAUCUGGAAGCUUGUUUAAUGGGUCCUGUAACGGUGACUCUGACUGUCCCAACGAUGAGAAGUGCUGCGGCAAUGGAAGUGGACAUUACUGUACAGCUCCUUAUACAGUGAAGCCGGGUCAGUGUCCCAAACCGAAGAGCGUUCCAGAAUGUGCAGACCUCUGUUUCCAUGAUGGCCAGUGUCCUUCUCACAUAUUACAAACCUCUACCGCCACCUACUGGCCAAUAUGCACAGAAGAACACAACAUAUUCCCCCAUCACUUAAAGCAAACUGUCUACCCAGAUUUUUAA